AUGAUAUUUAUGAAAACAGUCAAAUUUGGCGCCUGGACGAUAAAGUAUGAUAAAGAUCGAAACUUUAAUAUUAAAAACAAUGAGCACAAAGAUUUAGUUAACCAAAGCUCUUCCGAUAACACUUUUCCUAGAUAUAAUUGCAGGAAUGAUAAUAAUAAUUAUUUCAGACCUAAUAAUAAUUUUAGAAAUAAUUUUAGACAAAAUUAUGAUAAUAGAGAUAAUAAUUAUAAUAGGAAUAGAAAUAGGAAUUACGAUAAUAAUAAUUUUAGAUGCUAUGAUAGGAAUUACUGUAAUAAUAAUUUUAGAUAUCAUUAUAAUUAUAAUAACUAUAACUACAACAAUUAUCGCUACAACAAUAAUAACCAAUCUAAUUACGGUAGAAAUAAUACAUGGCAUGAUAAUAAUCAGAGGAAACAUAUCCAAUAUGGUGAUCAAAAUCGCAAUAAUUAUCAAUCCUAUAGUAACAAUUCAAAUAAUUAUAGAGGUAGCGACAACUAUCAGAGAAAGCAAAUACAAUAUAACAACAACGACCAUAAUAUGAAUAUUGAAAAAAUUGUUAAAGAGAAAGUCGAUUCUACAAAAAACAAAGAUGAUAACAAUUUUAACAUUAACAAUUUAUCUGGGGACAUGCUUAAUGAUAAAGAUAAGGCAUUUAUGACUACUUUAAAAGUGAAUGAUAUUAUAACAACUAUGCAAGUUGACAAGGGUUCCAAAUACACCAUUAUACUUCAUGAACAGGGUUGCCAUGUCUCCCCCCAUCAGCGAGAGACUUCCGUAAUUUAUUAG